CGGAAGGGGACGUACAGGAAAGGAACAGGGCCGCACAUACACGUCACGGGAGGAAACAAAAAACACUGGGACAUGUUUGAUUCACACAAUUAUUUAUUCACCCCUGUUCUAGUGUAUGUCCGUGAAGAUUUCGCAGUUUCAAGCGCAACUUCCUCCCUUCAGGCAUCGGUGAGUGCUCUCUGUCGUCAGCCCGCAGGGGAGGGCUGACAGUGUCAUACAGCCACUGAACUUCCCGUCAAGACACGGUACAGGCGAAAAUAUCUGCUUCUGCUGCUGACAACAAAAGGGGAACGACAUCGGGGGAACGACAUCGGGGGCUGUCAAGAGGAGAGGACACACUCCAGUCGAGAAGUCUUCUGGGCAGAGAAACGGUGCCAUUGUCCUCCAGCUGAGGCUGAACAGAGUCAGGUCUGGUGCUCUGCUAAUUAGCCUGCGUGGGUCCCUGCAGAGACCGAGCAGCUAGCUGCAGCACAGAGCACAGGGUGUGAGUGACUCUUUGAGCCAUAAUCGGGACAUUUAUCUGACAAACUGAUGCUAGGGUUACUGAUGGGAGCCUUUAUUAAAUAGUCAUCCCUCCCUCCCUAUACCCCCCGUCGGACCCUGGCUCGGAUUCGCCUCUCGGGCGCUGUCCUCGUCGGGGGGUGUCGAUUCACCAUAGCCCGGUCCAGCUGACUCCACGGUCCGGUCCCUCUGACCCUUGCCCUGCCUCGCCUUUCUGCCGCUCUGGCCGACCCUACCCGAGCCCAAACAUGGCAGGGAACCUGAAGAAAGGAGGGGGGCUCAUCGGAUUGAUGAAGGAUGCCUUCCAGCCCCACCAUCACCACCUCCACUCCCAUCACCAGCCCGGGGCCGUAGACAAAAAGACGGUGGAGAAAUGCUGGAAACUAAUGGACAAGGUGGUGCGCCUGUGCCAAAACCCCAAAUUGGCUCUGAAGAACAGCCCCCCUUACAUCCUGGACCUGCUGCCAGACACCUACCAGCACCUGCGCACCAUCUUGUCUCGCUACGAGGGCAAAAUGGAGACCUUGGGGGACAACGAGUACUUCCGGGUCUUCAUGGAGAACUUAACCAAGAAGACCAAGCAGACCAUCAGCUUGUUUAAGGAGGGCAAAGAACGCAUGUACGAGGAGAACUCACAACCCAGGAGGAACCUCACCAAGCUGUCGUUGAUCUUCAGCCACAUGCUGGCGGAGCUUAAGGCCAUCUUCCCCAAUGGUCUGUUUCAGGGUGACAACUUCCGCAUCACCAAGGCCGACGCUGCAGAGUUCUGGAGGCACGCCUUCGGGGACAAGACCAUUGUGCCUUGGAAGAUAUUUCGUCAGUCUCUCCAUGAGUUUCAUUCUAUCAGCUCAGGACUGGAGGCCAUGGCCCUCAAGUCCACCAUCGACCUCGCCUGCAAUGACUACAUCUCUGUCUUUGAGUUUGACAUCUUCACAAGGCUAUUCCAGCCUUGGUCGUCCCUGCUACGGAACUGGAACAGCUUGGCAGUUACUCACCCCGGCUACAUGGCCUUCCUCACAUACGAUGAGGUCAAAGCGCGGCUGCAGAAGUUUAUACACAAGCAUGGCAGUUACAUAUUCCGACUGAGCUGCACCCGGCUGGGCCAGUGGGCCAUCGGUUAUGUGACCGCAGAUGGAAACAUACUCCAGACCAUUCCCCACAAUAAACCGCUCUUCCAGGCCCUGAUAGACGGCUUCAGGGAAGGAUUCUAUUUAUUCCCAGAUGGUCGGACCCAAAACCCAGAUCUGACAGGACUGUGUGAGCCUUCACCUCAAGACCACAUCAAAGUCACACAGGAGCAAUAUGAGCUGUACUGUGAGAUGGGCUCUACGUUCCAGCUGUGUAAGAUCUGUGCCGAGAACGACAAGGAUGUGAAGAUCGAGCCCUGUGGUCAUCUCAUGUGCACCUCCUGUCUCACCGCCUGGCAGGAGUCGGAGGGUCAGGGAACAGGAUGUCCCUUUUGUCGCUGUGAGAUUAAAGGUACGGAGCCCAUUGUUGUGGAUCCUUUUGACCCCAAGGACAACAGCGGGGGCUCCUGCAGGGGCAUGUUCGGGGCUGAGGGGGCUCCUUCACCCAGCUAUGACGACGAUGACGACGACAGACUUGAAGACCCCCACCUCAUGAUGAGCAAACUCGCCUGUUCAAAGGUGGAGCGCCCCCCGUCACCCAUGUCCAUGGCUCCUCAGUCCUCUCUGCCCCCCGUGCCGCCCAGACUAGACCUCAUACCACACAGACCUCCCAACCCGCCGGGGGCCUCCAGCCCCGGGGUCACCAGUAAGGACACCGGAGAAUGA